AUGGCGCCGCGCAGGAGCGCCCGCGCCGCACGGCUGGCCCUGCUGGCCCUGGCGGCGGUCGCGUUGUGCCGCCUCGCCGCGCCCGCCUUCGUCGCUCCGCCGCGCGCGCGGGAGGCCCCGAGCGCCGCCGUGGGCACCGCCGCGCUCGUCGGCGCUGUGGGGGCCGCGGUGCCCCUCCCCGCGCACGCCAUCGAGCUCACGUAUGAGGGCUUCGGCGCGCCAGAGCUGCUGGUGAUCGCGCUGCCGUGGCUGAUCGCCGUGCCUGGGUUCACACAGUGGCUGAUGGUCCAGCCCUUCAAGGACGAGGACGUCAAGGGCUACGGCACCCUGGGCCAGACGGUGGACGCCCCGGGCGAGGCGGGGUACUUCCGCCGCAGCCCGGAGUCUGGCUGA